CCCGCCAAACCCUAACCCUAACCCUAACCCUAACCCUAACCCUAACCAUCGUCGUCAUCAGCAUCAACCCCUCCCCCAUGAAACCCUAGCCUUCAACCCCCAACGCGACCCCGCCGUCGCCUCCGUUGGCCCCACGUACGCCUUCGCCCCCCACGCCUUCCUCCGUCCUCGGCAGCACUCAUCUCCUCCUCCUCCUCCUCCUCCUGGAUUCUCCGGCGACCAACGCCACUGGGUCCCACCCGGCUUUCCUCCUCAGUUCUCCACUAGCCCGCAGCAGCGAGAUGGUAUCAAAACCCUAAAUCUUGAAUCUAGGGUUGGAGGCCGAGGAGGCAAUAAUAACCACUGGCAGAAGGCUAAUUCGAUGCAUCCGGAGCAUAGAGCACCGGUCCAAACAUCUGGAACACCGCCAGAGCGUGUUAGUAGCUUCAAUGCACAGUCUUUAAAGCACAAUGCAGAUAGAAUAAGGGGAGGUUACAACCAAAGGGAAGGAAAUUACACUCAAGGAGGAACUUCACUCCAUCUUCAUCAUCAACAGCAGCAGCAGCGAAAACACCAGUUAAAUAAGUCUGGAGGUGGUAUGAGAGGAGCUUAUUAUACCUCUGAAGAAUCAGUUAGAGAAAGGAAUUUUCAGCAACAAGAUGGUUUUGGGCCGUCAAGGAGGAGUUCAAAAGGUUCCGAUAAUUUGCCUGACAAGUUAGAGGAAGCAUUGGUGCUUAAUGAUGAUAGUACUGAAGUUAGUGUCGAGUCGCAUUCCAAAUCUUCGAGGGGUAAGGAUGUCAGAUUAGAUUUGUUCAGAGGACACUACGUUUCAAGCCAGCGAGUGAGGAUCCGCAGAAGAGAAUUGGAAUGCCGCUAUGACAUAGACGACAUGACACCCUUAUUCCUUGCAAUUUAUAGAUCUCUGAUACCAGCAGAAGAGGAAAAAGAAAAGCAGAAACAGUUAUUAGUCUCUUUGCGGAAAUUGGUCAACAAGGAAUGGCCUGAUGCUGAGCUUCACCUAUAUGGAUCUUGCGCCAACUCAUUUGAUGUCUCUAACAGUGAUAUUGAUAUUUGUCUUGCAAUUGACGAUAGCAAAAUGAGCAAGUCUGAGAUUUUGUUGAAACUGGCAGAUAUUUUAGAGUCAGACAAUCUCCAAAAUGUGCAGGCAUUAACUCGUGCUAGAGUGCCUAUUGUGAAGAUGAUGGAUCCUGUGACUGGUAUUUCUUGCGAUAUAUGCAUCAACAAUCUUCUAGCUGUUGCUAAUACAAAGCUCCUUAGGGAUUAUGCACAAAUAGAUGAAAGAUUACGGCAAUUGGCUUUUAUUGUGAAACACUGGGCUAAGUCCAGGGGAGUAAAUGAAACGUACCGAGGAACCCUUUCUAGCUAUGCGUAUGUAUUGAUGUGCAUUCACUUCUUACAGCAGCGCAAACCUGCAAUUCUUCCCUGUUUACAGGAGAUGGAAGCAACUUAUCUUGCGAAUGUAGAUGGCGUUCAGUGUGCUUACUUUGAUCAAGUUGACAGAAUCCGUCAUUUUGGUGCUCAAAACAAUGAAAGCAUAGCUCGUUUGCUUUGGGGUUUCUUUCAUUAUUGGGCAUACUGUCAUGAUUAUGCAAAUGAUGUCAUAUCUGUUCGUGCUGGACGAAACAUCAGGACGCUAUCACUCACCCUGGAAUGCUGCUUCUAUGACAGCAAGCAAUUGAAGGAUUGGACAAGGCGAAUUGGGAACGAUCGACAUCUGAUAUGCAUCGAGGAUCCAUUUGAAACCUCCCAUGACCUCGGCCGAGUUGUGGACAAGUACAGCAUCAAAAUUUUGAGGGAGGAAUUCGAGAGGGCAGCAGAUGUUCUCCAAUAUGAUUCAAACCCCAGUGUAACUCUUUUUGAGCCUUAUGUACCUAGGUCUCUCCAAAAUGGACUUCAGUCUGAUUGAGUUAUAGUUGUAGGUUAUAGUAAUAGCUUGGUUGAGUGCUUGGUUUGCAAUUCUCUCCUUGUAAUGUUUUUCUAUUUAUCUAGCGUCCUUUGCUCACGAGAGGAGCAAUUAUCGAAUUGCUCCUCUCAACUAAUGUGCAUAGUAAUGUGAUCCAGCGUUAUGACUCUGAAUUUCCUUAGCAAGUAAGGAAAGGUUCUGUAAGUUUAUUAUGUGGUGGUUAUCGCUUUUCUAUAGCUGGUCUUUGGU